CAACAAACGACGCUGUUUGGCCUCUCUCCAGUCAACACAAAACCCAGGUCAGUGCGUCGGACCAUCGAAUUCCGAUCUCACUCGCAUUUCACCGGCGAGGUCCGCUGCCAACUCGGAUUCCGAUAUCUCUCCCCCCUAAGCCGCGCCCGCCAUGGAGGAACGCAGUUACCAGGCCCAGGAUGUUACCAGCAAGGAUUUGCUCAGCUCUGAUAACACUGUGGUUCCCGUGGAUUUCUACGAAAUUGCCGGCGAUGACUCCUCUGAGCAGAAAGGGGUUAUGAUAGUGAAAUUGCGCCGUGUGCAAGAACUAAGACUCGGGGCUAUAACUAGGAAAUGUAUUGGGAAAGAUCAAGCGAAAUGUUCCCCAGCAGCCACCGUGACUUUCAUGUAUGAACCAGAGAUCAAGAUCAAUGAAGAUAUGAUGGCAAGAUUGUCACUUGAGGAGAAGCAAAGUAUAGUAGAGAGCAGCCCUACUAAGGUUUUCGACAUCGAUCCUACUACCCAACAGAUUGCUUCAAAGUGGUUUUGCUUUCUUUGAACGAUUGUGUUUGCGGGUUUUGGUUGUGGAUACUGAAGCAUAUACUUACGAUGAUGAAGUUAUCAAGAAAUUGGAAUCAAUGGGGAAGACAGGGCUUAUGGACGGUUAAAGCUAAGGAGGACAGUUUCAUAUUCACGGUUGAGACGACCGGUGCUGUUCUGUUAAAGGCUUCUCAGUUGGUGCUCAAUGCCAUAGACAUCCUUAAACAAAAGCUGGAUGCUGUGUUGUUUGUCUGAUGAAUGAUGAUACGGUUGAAGCUGACGAUCAGUUUGGUGAACUUGGUGUUCAUAUACGUGGCGGAUAGGUAGUCUGCAGCUAGUAAAUCAGACAUGGUGAAUAUUUAGGAGGAGUUAGGACGCAUCCCUGAACAAGGUCUUCCUUUUCUCUGCUUACUUUCAUGUUGGGUUGAAUGUAGCACUGGUUCAACCAUCGCAGUCUUGCUUGGCAUCUCAUCAUCUGUCUUCUUCCUCUUGUCAUGGACGACUGAGUACACAAUACAUAUAUUUACGACAGCCGAGCCGACGACGCAAAUGCAUACAAAGUCAGUUAGCCCAUCUCGUUCCUUAGCUAUGAUUUGAUGAUAUAACAAUGUGUACUAUCGCGAACCAAAAGGCAGGCAGGCAGGCAGGCACAGGCUCACUCACUCACGGGUGUAAUUAGCUCAGCUCAAACAUGGCCAGAUCUCUCUCCAUCCUUUCAUCUUUUUGGUUCUUUCUGGAAAUCGAAACAAAAAUGAAAACGAAAGUGCUUGCCGUUUCUUUUGCUGAAAAGCCCAACCACCCCACCACCAAUUCGUUUCUUUUGCCCCGAAAACGUGGAUGCAAAUUGCAGAAUGAUCUUCUUGUUAUUCUCUUCUUUCACCUAUGUGCUGUAUAUAGAAGAGGAAAUCAUUUCAUUUGGAUCGAAAUAAGGAGACCGCGCGCCAAAACUCUCCCUGCACGUCGCCGUCACACCGCCCUACGGACGGUCACCUUCAUCAUAUAUGUGUGUUUGCCGUUACUUCGAUUGAGAGAAGAGACGAGACAUGUUGGGCCUGAAAUUUUAACGCAAAUUGUUUGAAGGCGACUCUCUCUCUCUCUCCCUCCCCAUUUGCAGUGCUGUAUUUGGUUGUAUACAGGACGAGGUAAGAAGAUGAAUCUCGUGCAGAUGUGAUGCUAAUGGCACGUACCUGCUGCUGCUACCUAGUUGGAAAUGUCAUAUCCCAUCCCUGGUAACAUCUUUGACAUUUUCAAGUAGCUAGCUAGUAAGGUUAAUUCAACUUAGCACGAUUCUUGUAUAAAAGCUAUUGAAUGAAACUAUGUCGC